AUGUCGAGCUUCUUUGCAAAUAAGUUAAGUGUGUGUCAGUAUAGUACUUCUUCCCAAAUACGUGUGUGUCAGUGUAGUGCUUCUUCCAAAAUAGGUGUGUGUCAGUGUAGUGCUUCUUCCCAAAUAAGUGUGAGUCAGUGUAGUGCUUCUUCCCAAAUAAGUGUGUGUAAGUGUCGAGCUUCUUCGCAAAUAAGUGUUAGUCAGUGUAGUGCUUCUUCCCAAAUAAGUGUGUGUCAGUGUAGUGCUUCUUCCCAAAUAAGUGUGUGUCAGUGUAGUGCUUCUUCCCAAAUAAGUGUGUGCCUGUGUGUUGCUUCUUCCCAAAUAGGUGUGUGUCUGUGUAGUGUUUCUUCCCAAACAAGUGUGUGUCAGUGUAGUGCUUCUUCCCAAAUACGUGUGUGUCAGUGUAGUGCUUCUUCCCAAAUAAGUGUGUGUCCGUGUAGUGCUUCUUCCCAAAGAGGUGUGUGUCUGUGUAGUGCUUCUUCCCAAAUAGGUGUGUGUCUGUGUAGUGCUUCUUCCCAAAUAGUUGUGUGUCUGUGUAGUGCUACUUCCCAUAUAGGUGUGUGUCUGUGUAGUGCUACUUCCCAAAUAGGUGUGUGUCUGUGUCGUGCUUCUUCCCAAAUAAGUGUGUGUCAGUGUAGUGCUUCUUCCCAAAUAAGUGUGUGUCAGUGUAGUGCUUCUUCCCAAAUAAGUGUGUGUCUGUGUAGUGCUUCUUCCCAAAUAGGUGUGUGCCUGUGUAGUGCUUAUUCCCAAAUAGGUGUGUGUCAGUGUAGUGCUUAUUCCCAAAUAGGUGUGUGUCAGUGUAGUGCUUCUUCCCAAAUAGGUGUGUGUCUGUGUAGUGCUUCUUCCCAAAUAAGUGUGUGUCAGUGUAGUGCUUCUUCCCAAGUAAGUGUGUGUCACUGUAGUGCUUCUCCCCAGAUAAGUGUGUGUAAGUGUCGAGCUUCUUCGCAAAUAGGUGUGUGUCAGUGUCGUGCUUCUUCCCAAAUAAGUGUGUGUAAGUGUAGUGCUUCUUCCCAAAUAGGUGUGUGUCAGUGUAGUGAUUGUCCCCAAAUAGGUUAUAGUGCUUCUUCCCAAAUACGUGUGUGUCAGUGUAGUGCUUCUUCCCAAAUAGGUGUGUGUCAGUGUAGUGCUUCUUCCCAAAUAAGUGUGAGUCAGUGUAGUGCUUCUUCCCAAAUAAGUGUGUGUAAGUGUCGAGCUUCUUCGCAAAUAAGUGUGAGUCAGUGUAGUGCUUCUUCCCAAAUAAGUGUGUGUCAGUGUAGUGCUUCUUCCCAAAUAAGUGUGUGCCUGUGUGUUGCUUAUUCCCAAAUAGGUGUGUGUCUGUGUAGUGUUUCUUCCCAAACAAGUGUGUGUCAGUGUAGUGCUUCUUCCCAAAUACGUGUGUGUCAGUGUAGUGCUUCUUCCCAAAUAAGUGUGUGUCCGUGUAGUGCUUCUUCCCAAAUAGGUGUGUGUCUGUGUAGUGCUUCUUCCCAAAUAGGUGUGUGUCUGUGUAGUGCUUCUUCCCAAAUAGGUGUGUGUCUGUGUAGUUCUACUUCCCAUAUAGGUGUGUGUCUGUGUAGUGCUACUUCCCAAAUAGGUGUGUGUCUGUGUCGUGCUUCUUCCCAAAUAAGUGUGUGUCAGUGUAGUGCUUCUUCCCAAAUAAGUGUGUGUCAGUGUAGUGCUUCUUCCCAAAUAAGUGUGUGUCUGUGUAGUGCUUCUUCCCAAAUAGGUGUGUGCCUGUGUAGUGCUUAUUCCCAAAUAGGUGUGUGUCAGUGUAGUGCUUAUUCCCAAAUAGGUGUGUGUCAGUGUAGUGCUUCUUCCCAAAUAGGUGUGUGUCAGUGUAGUGCUUCUUCCCAAAUAGUUGUGUGUCAGUGUAGUGCUUCUUCCCAAAUAAGUGUGUGUCAGUGUAGUGCUUCUUCCCAAAUAGGUGUGUGUCAGUAUAGUGCUUCUUCCCAAAUAGGUGUGUGUCUGUGUAGUGCUUAUUCCCAAAUAGGUGUGUGUCAGUGUAGUGCUUCUUAACAAAUAGGUGUGUGUCUGUGUAGAGCUUCUUCCCAAAUAGGUGUGUGUCUGUGUAGUGCUUCUUCCCAAAUAAGUGUGUGUCAGUGUAGUGCUUCUUCCCAAGUAAGUGUGUGUCACUGUAGUGCUUCUCCCCAGAUAAGUGUGUGUAAGUGUCAAGCUUCUUCGCAAAUAGGUUUGUGUCAGUGUCGUGCUUCUUCCCAAAUAAAUGUGUGUAAGUGUAGUGCUUCUUCCCAAAUAGGUGUGUGUCAGUGUAGUGAUUGUCCCCAAAUAGGUGUGUGUCAGUGUAGUGCUUGUCCCCAAAUAGGUGUGUGUCAGUGUAGUGCUUGUCCCCAAAUAGGUGUGUGUCAGUGUAGUGCUUCUUCCCAAGUAGGAGUGUGUCAGUGUAGUGCUUCUUCCCAAAUAGGUGUGUGUCAGUGUACUGCUUCUUCCCAAAUAGGUGUGUGUCAGUGUAGUGCUUCUUCCCAAAUAGGUGUGUAUCAGUGUAGUGCUUCUUCCCAAAUAGGUGUGUGUCUGUGUAGUGCUUCUUCCCAAAUAGGUGUGUGUCAGUGUAGUGCUUCUUCCCAAAUAGGUGUGUGUCAGUGUAGUGCUUCUUCCCAAGUAAGUGUGUGUCACUGUAGUGCUUCUCCCCAGAUAAGUGUGUGUAAGUGUCAAGCUUCUUCGCAAAUAGGUUUGUGUCAGUGUCGUGCUUCUUCCCAAAUAAAUGUGUGUAAGUGUAGUGCAUCUUCCCAAAUAGGUGUGUGUCAGUGUAGUGAUUGUCCCCAAAUAGGUGUGUGUCAGUGUAGUGCUUGUCCCCAAAUAGGUGUGUGUCAGUGUAGUGCUUGUCCCCAAAUAGGUGUGUGUCAGUGUAGUGCUUCUUCCCAAGUAGGAGUGUGUCAGUGUAGUGCUUCUUCCCAAAUAGGUGUGUGUCAGUGUACUGCUUCUUCCCAAAUAGGUGUGUGUCAGUGUAGUGCUUCUUCCCAAAUAGGUGUGUAUCAGUGUAGUGCUUCUUCCCAAAUAGGUGUGUGUCUGUGUAGUGCUUCUUCCCAAAUAGGUGUGUGUCAGUGUAGUGCUUCUUCCCAAAUAGGUGUGUGUCAGUGUAGUGCUUCUUCAAAAGAUAGGUGUGUGUCAGUGUAGUGCUUCUUCCCAAAUAGGUGUGUGUCAGUGUAGUGCUUCUUCCCAAAUAAGUGUGUGUCAGUGUAGUGCUUCUUCCCAAAUAGGUGUGUGUCUGUGUAGUGCUUCUUCCCAAAUAGGUGUGUGUCUGUGUAGUGCUUCUUCCCAAAUAAGUGUGUAUCAGUGUAGUGCUUCUUCCCAAGUAAGUGUGUGUAAGUGUAGAGCUUCUUCGCAAAUAAGUGUGUGUCA